AUGGAUUUCAUGCUCAGUAAUACAGCAAAGCAAAAACCUACGCAACGGAAUGUAAUCCAGUGGCGCCCGGGUUUCCUAAAUUCUAUAGUAGAUACAACUGUAUCAAAAACAAAGGAUACGGUUAAAAAAUUGGAUCGAAGUUGGGAAACCGUCGUAAAUAUAGUGCUAGUCGAAGCUAAGUGUCUUCCGCCAGUUCCUGACGAUGGAGUAUCACAUACUUUGUCUUGUAAACUAAGACUGGGGUCAGAAUCGUGUAGAUCCAAAAGUGUACCGAGCAGUCAAAAUCCGCAAUGGAAAGAAAGAUUUCGACUGCAUCUCUAUCAAAAUUGGGUACUAAAUAUAUCUUUGAGGGACGAGGGAAAAAUGAAAAAUCCUAUGGGCAGUUGUGUUUUAGACUUAUCUAAGUACGAAAAGGAGCGCACCCACGAAAUUUGGCAGCAACUCGACGAUGGGUAUGGCGCAAUACAUGUUUCAGUUACGAUGUGUGCCAUCUGCUCGCCAGAUAAUACAAGUAACAGCUUUGUGGAUUUACGUGAAUGCGUUAUAAGUCAUAAAAUCCUAAACAAUCCACAGGAUUGGACUUUAGUUGGAAUUUUACAUGUACAUGUUUUGGGAGCUAAAGGUUUAAUAAGUAAAUCAAAUGUUUACUGUACCUUGGAAAUUGAUAAUGAAAGUGUUGAGACCAAUCGCGCAGCUACGAGCUCGGAACCUAGAUGGAACAAAUGUUAUGUUUUUAAAGUUUACGACGUAACUUCAACAUUAGAUGUAAAAGUCUACGACGGCUCACUAAAAAAUGUUUUUCUACACGAGUCUAUAGGAAAGGUUUCUAUACCAUUACUCAGGAUAAGCAACGGCGUUAUCCGUUCGUAUGCCUUGAAAGAUAAAAGAAAACGGAGUAAUGCGAAAGGAAACUGCCCAAGGAUAAAACUUCAAAUGUCUUUAGCUUGGAAUCCAAUAAAAGCAACUGUGAGACUGUUUCAAGCUAAAGAAGUAAAACACAUUAAGAAACCACCCAAAUUCGACCUUGCACUAGUCUACAGUAAUACUAAAUACAUAGCAGAUCUUUUUAAUUUGCUGGUAGAAGUAAAUGAAUAUUAUAAGCAUGUUUUUGAGUGGGAUGAUAGAGAAUAUUCCUUUUGUACGCUUAUUGGAUGGCUAGUUUUUUGUUAUUAUCUCAGGCUUUGGGCUAUUCCACUGUUACUCUUAAUACCUUUUCUUUAUCAAUGGAUUUUUGGUAAAAAUCAAGAUAACGUGUCAAUUGUACAGGAUUGCGCAAACGAUGAUGAAAACAAGGAAGAGAAGACCGUCGGUGGAAGAAUACAGGAUUUACAAACAAUGACAUUAACUAUUACAAAUGGGAUCGAUUUUAUUGUGUCUUAUAAAGAGAGACUUUUAAAUUUAUUUACCUUCAAGGUGCCUUUCUUGAGCGUCAUUGCCAUGAUUCUACUGCUAGUCUCAUCUGUCGGAUUGUAUUUCAUACCAAUUAAUUAUUUCCUAAUGAGUUUGGGGAUUUACAAAUUCGGGAGGAAAUAUUCAAACCCAGACAGAGUUUUAAAUAAUGGUUUAAUAGACUUCCUUUCGAGAGUACCGGAUAGCAGGAAAUUGAAAGAUUGGAAAGAGUUAGGCGUUCCAGAACCCAACCAAGAAUACCAACGUCAAUCAUUUAAAAUCUUCAGGUCUAUCAGUACCCCUAAUUUAAGGUAG